AUGAUGGAGCGAAUGGUGGACCGAGAACCGUCAGUCGUGCAACGCUUCUAUGACGAUUUGGUAAAACAUCAUCUGCCGACAAUAAAAAUCCUAAUGCUGAUGCCAUCAAUUAGUCGGCACGGUCAAGAAGCCGUAGAGUUGGAUCCACAGCGGAUUGAAGACGUGCGGGAACACGCUUUGGCAGCAUUGACAGCGUUUACCUACCCUCUAAGCACCACUAUCAAUAUUCUGGAAAUUUCCAACUCGAAGGAAGGAACAAACCUCGUCAAUGAUUGGAUUCCUGGUGCUCAUCGAAUAAAAAUUUCUACACAUCAGCUUUUCUACGAUUGCAUCCAGGCUGAUUCAACUUUUGCCGUCUACUGUGUAAACAAAUUGCCUGCUUAUCUUGAAAUCCUGUUUGAAGUGCUUCAAAAGAACAUCACCGUCUCGGAACAGGAUCAGUCUACCCUGACAGAAAUUGUCACACAUUCGCUCACUGCUCUUCUAAUCCAAGUGGGUCACGUGCCACCAUCAAUUACGCGAUACACGGCUAAACUCUACGGAAUGUUCGUAGAAUCUCAAGGACCGGGGCAUGCUGCUGCUUUGGCGCUCGCAUUGGCUCGUCUGGGACCCAUCGAUUUUAACAAGGUAAAAGUGAAGCCUCGAGAUGUGGCUCAAGCAAUCGCUCAAGUUCUACUCUCUCCUCUCGCUCAGAGUCAGAAAGAUCGUUCACGUCUCCUAUCCGGUAUGUUUGAAAGUGUGGCGGCGGAAAUGGCGCGAACCUCCAGAGGAUCUAGAGAUCAACCUGCCGACUUGGAAGUAUCUCGAUAUUUGGGCUUACCUCAGCUCAAUUGGCCGGCAAACCAUGGUUGGUUAGAUGGCGUCUUUGAACUAGCAUAUCAGCUCUGUUGCCAGGUGUUUGACCUCAGUUUGGUCAAUAAUCCAACGCGUUCAUUACAUCCACCGGAUUGGGGCAUGCUAUCACCUCGAGGUGUUUGUGUGGUGCUCCAGUUGGCCAAAUUAAUCUAUAACAAGGAAAGAAAACACUGCUUGGAGGCUUUAUGCACCAGUCGCAGUCAGAUGCUGCACAGUCUGACAUAUUUGUUUACCAAUACGUGCAUCAAAAGCUUUUUACAAAGCCCCUGGGUUACCGAACCGAGAAACGAUUUCAUUGGCAACCUUCAAGCAUCUGCAGCAGAACUGCUACAAAUGCCAUUUACGGAAAACGACCAGGAACAUUUGGAUGCCAUUCCAAGGUAUGCUGAUGNGAUCGUGUUUGAGGAAUAUUUGCAUAUACGUGUCUAUGAGAUGUGUUCCUUCCAGUUUGUUGACCCAAACAGAAAACAUUUUUAUCAUUCUGGCCUACCUAAACGAAUUUGA